AGUGAACGUGAGUGUUUUUAAGUGACGUCAGCAGCAUGUCUAGAUGUAAACAUAACAUUAGUUCAUUCAUACGGACAGUAUUUCUGUCAGUCCUGAUGAUAAAACCGCAGCAGUUUGUUAUAGCUUCUUCUGUGGAGGUUCAAGUGAAUGUUGGCAAGCCACUACGAAAUUUAAAGCACUUUUGGAGAAGCACUGGAUUCUGCCCUCCACAGCCACACACUGAUGCACACCUGUAUGAUCUCAGUGUAGACCAGCAGAUAAAUCUGGCUUUGAUCGGCUCUGUGCCACACAGAGGAAUCCAGCAGGUACGGAUACACUGGAUGCUGGAGCUGGUGUCUGCAAGCAUUUACAGUGGAGAAUAUCACUAUAACUUUACUCACUUGGACCAGCUGAUUGACCUUCUCUGGCAGAAUGGACUGCAGCCGGGGUUUGAACUAAUGGGCAGCGUGUCCAACACCUUCAGCAACUUUGAAGACAAAAGCCAAGUUACUGAAUGGAGGAAUUUGGUCUAUUCGAUUGCCAAAAGAUACAUAUGGAAAUACGGCCUCGGCUUUGUCUCUCAGUGGAACUUCGAGACGUGGAAUGAGCCAAACAACCACGAUUUUGACAACAUGACUGUGUCAGUCCAAGGGUUUCUGAACUAUUAUGAUUCCUGCUCUGAGGGCCUACGUGCAGCAAGUCCUCUCUUGAAGUUCGGUGGUCCAGGAGAUUCCUGUCAUUCUCCACCCCGCUCGCCGUACUGCUGGGAGAUGCUACAGCACUGUUAUAAUGGUACAAACUACUUCACUGGAGAGACGGGAGUACGGCUAGACUACAUCGCCCUACAUAAGAAGGGAGGUGGCAGCUCGUUACCCAUCCUGCAGCAGGAAGUGGCCACUGUGCAAGAGAUCCAGCAGAAGUUUCCACAGUUUCGUUCUGUCCCGAUCUACAAUGACGAGGCAGAUCCGCUGGUUGGCUGGAACAAACCUCUCACCUGGAGAGCAGACGUCACCUAUGCAGCCAUGGUGGUUAAGGUCAUCUCACAGCAUCAGAACAUGCUCAUCGCUGACCUGAACAGUACCAUCAACUACACACUGCUUAGCAAUGACAAUGCUUUCCUUAGUUACCACCCGCACCCGUUUACCCAGCGCACUCUCACCGCCCGAUUCCAGAUCAACAACACAAACCCGCCACACGUGCAGUUAGUACGGAAACCAGUCCUGACUGUGAUGGGCCUGUUGGCAUUGUUAGGUGAGACUCAGGUGCAGGCUGAGGUGCUGAUUGACGGCUCUGAAGUGAAUUCAUCAGUGGGUGUGCUGGCCACCGUUCACGUCCCUCAGGUGCCGUACACAGCCGAUAGCUGGCAGACCACCGUCCUGCUGUAUAACAGCAGAGAUAACAAGACCUCCUCCACCGCAGACAUCAUCACUCUGUGCCUCACUGGAAUACCUCAGCGAAAGGGUCUGAUGUAUGUGACACAUUACAUGGAUAACAAUGUGACAAACCCAUUUAAACUGUGGGAGAACAUGGGCAGCCCUGACUAUCCCACUGCACAACAGUUCACACAGCUACGGAACCAAGAGGAUCCACAGACUGAUGGGCCUCUGCCGGUCCCAUCUGAUGGCUCUCUGACGCUGAAGGCAACGCUUCCUGUCCCCUCAGUGCUGCUCGUACACAUAUGUGCUCAGUCUAAGGAACGGCCCAAUCAGGUAAACGGGGUGCGUUUCAUCACCAUCACCAAAGGACAGGUUCUGAUCAUUUGGAAGGAUCACUGCAUCGGCACGAAGUGUAUAAAAACAUAUGAAGUGGAAUUCUCCAAAGAUGAGAAAACUUUCCACAGGAUUAAUCAGAGAGACACUAUUUUCACAUACUUCACUUAUUCUCCAGAGAGUCUGGAGGUGAACGGUUAUUAUAGAGUGAGAGCUGUGGAUUACUGGGGAAGAAAUGGAGAAUAUUCUAUCACUGAGCAAUAUUCAGAGAACUGGUAGUCUUGAUUAGACUUUGACAGACUUUUGACUUUCCACAUACAAUAAAGUUCACUUUGUAUCCUAUUUUGAUCAAAAACUGCUCACUAGGACAGUAUGGCAUUGGUUUGACCAACAUGUAAAGUGUCCAAACAGUUAAUUGUUUUUACAUAUCAUUUAGGGGUGUUCAUGAUUCUGCAAUAAUUUAUCUUAAAAACACAACUGUUUUUAACUAGCAAGUCUAUAAGUCUGUGCAGCCUCUGUUUGUCGUAUUUGUAGUUAAAAUGCAUACAAGACAGCCCAUGGGUAUUUUUUUUAUCUAAGCUAAAAAUAGAUUGAAUGGACCGUAUAAUAAAUUUUUAAAACAACAUGAAGUUUUAUGUACCUUGUUACUUGUACUGAAUUGAUUAAAACAGACU